AUGAAUAAGAACAGCAGACUCCACACUGAUUCCAACUUACAGAACACAGUUUUCUCUGAAAUUGGCAUUGGAAUCUUGGCUAACAGCAUCCUGCUUCUCUUUCACAUCCUCAAGCUCAUUUAUGGGCAGAAGCCCAAACCCAUGGACCUGCCCAUUGGUUUCUUGGCCUUAAUCCACCUGAUUAUGCUACUGAUUACAACAGUCGUAGCUACAGACAUUUUUAUUUCUUGGAAAGGAUGGGAUGACAUCACAUGUAAAUUCCUUGUUUACACAUACAGAAUUUUUAGGGGCUUCUCCCUGUGUACCACUAGCCUGUUGAGUGUCCUCCAGGCAAUCAUCCUCAGUCCCAGAAGCUCCUGUUUAGCAAAGUUCAAACAUAAGUCCCCCUAUCACAUCUUACAUGCCCUGCUGCUCCUGAAUGUCUUCUAUAUGUUGAUUAGCAGUCACCUCUUAGUAUCGAUUAUCGCUACACCCAAUCUGACCUUAUAUAACUUUAUGUAUGUUAGUCAAUCCUGCUCAAUUCUACCCAUGAGUUACCUCAUGCAAAGUACAUUUUCCACUCUGUUGGCCCUCAGAGAAGCCUUUCUUAUUGGUCUCAUGAUCCUCUCCAGCGGGUACAUGCUGGCUCUCCUGUGCAGGCACAAGAAGCAGGUCCGGCAUCUCCACAGCACCAGCCUUUCUCCUAAAGCAUCUCCAGAGCAAAGGGCCACCCAGAUCAUUCUGGUGCUCUUGAGCUUCUUUGUGCUGAUGUCCAUCCUGGACAGCAUUAUCUCCUGCUCAAGAACUAUGUUCCUGAAAGAUCCAACAUCUUACUAUAUCCAACUCUUUGUGGUCCAUAUCUAUGCCACAGUCAGUCCUUUUGUAUUUAUGAGCAUGGAAAAACAUAUAGGUAACUUGUUGAGGUCCAUGUGUGAGGGCGAUAAAUGUGGUCCCAGUGAAGAACCAGCGUCUUCUAUUCAAACUCUCAGUGCCCUCGCCUGA